AUGGAAGGCUAUAGACAACAGAUCAAUCGACUGAUGGAUCUAGCCGCCUAUUUCACCCAAAGAAUCCGAGAAACCGAAGGAUAUGAGCUCGUUCUUGACCCUAUUGCUCCGAAGAUCAAAGCGAAAAUGAUGGAACGCGGUACAACAAUGGUAGGCUACCAGCCAGAUAAGCAGCGGCCAAAUUUCUUCCGUAUGAUCAUCUCAAGUCAAGCGAUCACACGCGAUGAUCUCGACUUCCUUAUUCAAGAAAUUGUAGACAUUGGGGAGUCCCUGUAA